AUGUCAUUCAAUUCAUUUAGUUCCAAUUUUAGUAAAAAAUUUCAAGAACUGUCAACUUCAGUAUCUCAAAAAGCAGGUGAAUUUUCAACAAAUUUACCAUCAUUAGCUCAAAAUACACAAAGAUUAGUUCAAGAAAAAUUAGGUCAAGUAACAGAUAUUUCUCAAUUACCACAAGAAUAUAUCGAAUUAGAGAAAAAAGUUGAUACUUUAAAAUUAACUUAUCAACAUUUUUUACAAGUUUCAUCAACUUUUGAAAAUGAAUCUUAUGAUUAUCCAAAGUAUGUUAAUGAAUCAUUAAAUGAAUUUUCCAAAAAUGUUGCAACAAAAGUUUCAGAAUUAUCUCAUGCAACAAAUGCAUCAGAAGCUCAAAAUAUUUUAAUUUCACCAAAUGCAACAACUGAACCAAAAACUUUAAAUUAUGCUUUAAGUAAAGUAUCAUUACAAUCAAGUGAACUUUUUAAUCAAUUACCUUCUGCAAUCUCAACUCCGCAAGAUCAUAAAACUGCAGCUACUUUAUUAAGUUUUAGUGAUGUUCAAGCAAAAAUUGCUCAAGAAAGAUUAAGACAAGAUACUAUAAUCCAAACUAAAUUUAAUAAGCAAUUACGCGAAGAAUUAGCUGGUGCAAUUGACGGUGCUAACAGAGCAAGAAAAGAUGUUCAAAAUAAAAGACUAAAAUAUGAUGUUGCUAGAUCAAAUUUAUUAAAUGCAAGACCUGAAAAAGAAGCUUCUUUAAGAGUUCAAAUGGAAGCAUUAGAAGAUGAAUUUGCUCAAUCAACUGAAACUGCUACUUUAGUUAUGCAAAAAGUUUUAGCUAAUUCUGGUCUUUUAGCAGAUUUGAAACAAAUGGCUAUUGCUGAAAAGACAUAUUUUGAAAAUUCAGCAUCUUUGAUGAAAGAAUUCAUUGAAUCAAAUGAUUUCGAUGUUAAUGAUUCAAAGGUAAACAAUGGAUCUACAGCAACUACUACCACUGCUGAUCAAGAUAUUGCUGAUGACCUUGACAACGAUGAAGACGAUACUCAAGGUGGUAUCAAGAUGAGUGUUGAUGAUCAAGAAUAA